ACAAUUAAUGUAAGCUGCCUAUAAAGGGUAACGGGUCAAGUGGCCAGGGAGUUUCAGAGUUGUAAGAGCCGAGGUUUUAAAAUAUAGCAAGUGUGUGUUCUCUUGAGUUGGCCAAGAUGAAGUUCUCCAUCUCUUGUUUUCUGCUAAUUCUGUCCUCCAUCCUCUUGAUGUCCCAGAACAGCUAUGCAAGAAAGGACUCAGGAGACUACUGGAAGAGUGUGAUGAAUGACCAGCCCAUGCCAGAAGCCAUUAAAGACCUGUUUGUCCAUCAAGACCAUGAACAUCAAGAGCCGUCCAAAGAAAAGAGCCAUUUUGUUGGGGACUUUGACAUGAGGCCUAAUGCUAUAAUAUACCAUGGUGCUCAUCAUCAUCAAGUGCCGUCGACAGAAAACAGACAUUUUGUUAGGGACUUUGACAUGAGGCCUAAUGUUAUAAUAUACCAUGGCGUUCAUCAUCAUCAUCAGGAUCAACCUGCAGAAAAUAAGCCCUUUUUCAAGAAAGCAUCAUACAUUCAAACAGUCAACCAUGGCUAAAUCAGAUUUAGGAUGAUGAUGGGGAACAUGUUUUCAUGUGUUAUGAUCUAUAUAUUAGACCAAGUUUGAAAUAAAAAUAAAUCUCUCUCUCUCUAAUUUGUACUAUAUAUACCUAUAGUUACUAGUGUUGAAUUUCCAUCA